AUGUCUGAAGUGAAAACCCGGUCGACGGUAGACCCUCCCGCCUUUACUGCGACGACGUCUCUCUGCAAUUCAAAUCAGCAAGAUUCGGGACCUGACUCGGGUACGCUGAGGUGGGGCGUCGGCAAAUAUGUAGUCGGUGAGGGGUUGGAUGGCGCAGAGCUGGGCGCAGAGGGAGAAUUGGACGAGUUCAAGUUCCUGGGAGACCAGGCCGCGCUCGAGUUUGCAGCCGACAGCGGUCAUAGUGACAUCGUCAAUCACUUGCUCAAGCACUCCUCUUUUCCGCCGGAGCUACCCGGCGACAGGUUUCUCACCGCGCGCAAGGCUUCUGCCUCACGGAGUCGUAUGGAUCUCGGCACAUGCUUUGGCUCGCUCGGGCGUCUGGAGAGGGAGCACUUCCAACAUUGCUUGGAGCAUGGCCACCGGGAUGCGGGGAUGUACAUUCUAGAAAGGGGCGGCGAGAUCGAUGAUGCGUUUCAGAGCGCAUGCACGGGCGGCCAUCUGGAGCUCGCGAAGGAGCUCUGGGGCAUGCGCGGAGAAGGACGACUGGAUCUGGACGGCGCGUUGCGGAGCGCAUGCACGUUCGGCCGCCUAGAGCUUGUGCGGCAGCUCCUGUGCGGAGACGGACGACGGGAUCUGGAAAUGGGGCUCGUGAGAGCGGGUUGA